AGAAGUUUGUGCUGAGCCAGCAAACACAUGACAUCUAAAAGUUUAAAGGUGAAUAGACUCCAGUAUAGUAUACAGUACAUGUACAGUGUACAGGCGCUAGGCCCAGGAGCACUAUAGAGAGGCAGUUUGUGUGAACACAGUGGGACCAGGACUGUACCAGGGAAUGGCUUUGUUAGAGGAUGAUGAGUUAUUGGAUCUGGAGGGACCCCCCAGCAGCAGUCAAUCUGAUCAAUGGUCAGAUAAACCUCUUUUCAGUGACAAACGGGACAAGAAGAAUCGGCUUGAAGAUAAACGAAGUUCCAUUAGAGCACUCCCAUGGACCAAGUCCAAGGAUUCAACUCUUGAGAAAACUCCCAAGAAAAGCAAACACAAUCGCAAUAAGUCCGGAUCUCGUACUCCCCCGGCCCCGGUCCCAGACUCUCCUAAACUAUUGAGAGGAGAAGUUGUUCGAGGAAAUCAACCUUCUCCUAAUAUCAAGAACAAUCGCAAGACCUACUCCCAACUGGGAGACUGGUCUGAUGAGGAGAGUGUUCCUGGCUACACAUUCUCCAAUGAGCCAGCCUUAGCCUCUAGUCCCUCCAAAACCACCUCACUAUCAACAGAACCACUAGCCUCCCCUUGGACCACCUCCCUAUCAUCAACAGAACCACUAGCCUCCCCCUGGACCACCUCUCUGCCAACAGAGCCACUAGCCUCCCCCGGGAGACAGACCACUGUACAGUUCCCUGUCUUAUUUAGUGGAGAGACGCAGGCACACACAAGCAGAGCCAGUGUUCCACUGUUGCCCAUGUUCCCCCUUCAAUCACCGACACAGUCACUAGGUCCACUUGAGGUUAGGGUACCAGCCAGCCCACCACUGGAAGCUGAUUGGAAGGUUUCUGAUGAGCUGCGGGACAAGUGCACUAGUCAGUUCCAAGAGUUGAGUACAUCUGAUGGUCUGCUGCAAGGGGACAAAGCUCGAGAAUUCUUUGUCCUCUCCAAACUACCCAACCAAGAACUAUCAACUAUUUGGAGGCUGGCUGAUGUGAACAGAGACAACGCUCUCUCUGAGGGAGAGUUUUGUGUUGCCAUGAAGUUAGUCAUGAUGAGACGCAAUGGCCACGAGAUCCCAUCCUCCCUACCAACCACACUACUACCUUAUCUAGUGUCAAGGAAGACUGGACCUCUCACCUCUACACUGGAGGGCACAGCUUUGUUUACAACAGGUGUCCUAGUUGAUUUUGGAGGGGAAAUCCCUGAUAUUAACACACUGUUGGAUUAUGUGGAGGAAACAUCUGAAGAUACGUUGGACUUUGGAGUGAUCGUUGCCCCUGGCGACACGCUGGUAGACCUUGGAGGGAUCAUUGCCCCCGGCGACACACUGGUAGACCUUGGAGAAGCCCCUGAUAUUGAUACGAUGAUGUUCCUUGAAGAAGAUACCAGUGAUGCUAGUACAGCAUUGGUUGAACUUGAAGACCCUGAUAUUAAUAUGCCAAUUGGAGGAGUUGCCCCUGGCAACACGCUAGUUGGAGAGGUUGCUAUUAGCGACGACGAUGGUGACAGUACAAUAUUAAUGCGGAGACGUACGGGGUCAGAGGGCAGCAUAUCAAGACAACCAACAGCAACAGUUCGAAGGUCAAAAACACUUCGAGAGACUGGGGAAAUUCUUAUCAACAUUGACCAAGGAACGCCACAACCAACACACAAGACAAGCAAGAAGUAUCAAGCACUGGAUUGCUCUGAUGAUGACUCUACAGAUGGAGACUGGUUGGAAGGAAAGGUCAAAGGUCACUCACGCGGCAAGUCUCUAGACCUCAACAAGAUGAUAAGUGGUCGAGAUGUUUUAAAGGACCUUCCGUUAGCUGAGCCCCCCAAACUUCCACCGCGUCCACAUGCAUCCCCUCCACUGGAGCACACCAUCAAGACUGAGGAGGAGAGUGGGCGUGUGCGGUCCCUGUCCACUGGAUCCAUACACACACAUAAUGAAGCUCACGAUACAAACACACUAGUGGAGGACAAACCAAAGACAUUAGUGGAGGACAAACCAAAGAGAAAGCACCGUGUGGCCCCACGCCGCCCACCCCCUCCUGUCAAGAAGCCAGAGAUAAAGACAGACAAGAAAGAGUUGCAAGUAUCAAUCCGACAACUUAAGGAUCAGAACGCGGGUUUGACUGAAGUGAAUAAAGCUCUCGAGACUCAGCUAUUCAAGCUGAUGGAGGAAAGAGUUCGUUUAGAGCACCAGCUGGAACUACUCAAUAUCUAGCUGAACCUGUUUCUGUGUUGGCAUAGACAUAUAAUACCUGAUUGUAAAUGCAUAUUAAUGUUUUUCUGUCCUACAAUAAUUGAUUGUAGUUAUUA